AAAAAUUAUUAAUUAUGUGAUACAAAAAUUGGUAAAAUUUAUUAUUUGUAAAUUUUGAAUUCUAAAUUCUUAAAAGUAUUUUGAUUUUUAAUAAAAUAUAAAAUUUAUUUCGAUUGAAUGAAGUUUAGUAUAAAAAAUAAACUAACGCACAUUAAAUAAUUAGGAUUUUAAGAUUGUUUAAAAUAUUAAAUCUAGAAAAAUAAUUUGAUAUGCUUGGCGGAACGGCCGGUCGUUUUUGCAGUCCAAGCACUUCUGGUGGACCUUUCCGUAUAUUUGCUGUUAAUGGCUUUCAAAAUCGAACAAAUGAUAUUGUCUAUUGCCCCCCAAUAUUACGUCAACUAAAUCAAAAUGAAGAAGAAUCAACAGCAAUCGUAUAUUUUGGUGGAGAUGUUCAGGAUUUUCCAGAAAGUAUGGAAACUAAUCGAGAUAGUCGUGGUUAUAUGAAAUAUAAUUUAGAAAGUUCGGCAGUAUUGUUAAGAAACGCUUUUCCUAGGUCGCAUAUUAUCAUUAUUAGACCAGUGAGAAUGGAAUUCAAAACGUUUAGCUGCUUCGAUAAUUUUGUUCGUGGUAAUAAUGCUGGUGUACCAGAUCAUACUCCAAUGAAUCACGCUCUACAACAUUUGGAGAAAUUGUUGCAAAAUUUAUCAGUUCGUUUAAAGCAAAUACCAGAAAGUGAAAUAUUAGCGCAAGCUGCAGCCGCCGCAGCUGUGGCUGUUGCAGCAUCAGCAAAUGCAGGUUCUCCUAGUGGUUCAAGCAUUAAUAAUGAACAUGCGUCAGAUAUUAUGCAGCAUCAAAUGGAUAUUGACGUUUUGCAAGUUCAAGAAACCGUUACAGUAAAUGCAGAUGGUGCUAUGAUAUUUCCAUGCAAUGAAACAACUAUUUCACUUCAGCAACAGCAUCAACAACAAGAACAGCAAACAACGCAACACACUACAAUUACAAAUACAGUCACUGGGCAUACAACAAACCUUGCGACUGAACUAAUGCAUAACAAUGAUUUGCAAUUUAAUAAUACAGAUUGCCACAACCUACUAAACAGUAGAAAUCCCCUUUGGUGGCGUGAAAAUCUCAAUUUAGACAAAUCAAAAUUAGUAUUGAUCGGCUUUAGUAAAGGCUGUGUUGUUCUCAAUCAAUUUAUUUACGAAUUUCACUACCUUAAAACUUUGACACCUGAUGACAGCACAAUGAUAAGGUUACUAUCCCGAAUAAAAGAUAUGUAUUGGCUUGAUGGUGGACACGGAGGGCAGAAAAAUACUUGGAUAACUUCAAGAAGUUUAUUAGAAACACUCACAAGAUUAGGAAUUAAUAUACAUGUACAUGUAACACCAUAUCAAGUUCAGGAUGAUCGACGUCCGUGGAUAAGAAAAGAAGAAAAAAUUUUUUCGGAUUUGUUAAGACGGCUUGGUGCACCUAUAUCACGUCAUUUGCACUUUGAUUCAUCAAUUGCAAAUUUGGUUACUCAUUUUGAAGUUUUACAAGCGUUUUGUCAACAUAUACACUUAACUAAUCAACAACAUCAGCAAGCUCAAAUACAACAGCAUCAACAACAGCAACAACUGCGUAUGUCAGGAAAUUUGGUUGAAAACUGUAGUUCGUCUGUUAUUAACGAAGAGAAGUGACAAAAAAGGCCACCAAGAAAAAAAUUUUAUCACAAAUCUUUAAAAUUAUCAACUUCAUCAACACCAUCUUCAUCAUCAUCAUCAUCAUCAUCAUCUCCAUCGCUAACUGUAAAUAAUCAUUUUAAAACAAAACGUAAAGUUCGUAAAUUGCAUUACACCCUAUGCGGAUAAAUAAAAAGCUUAGCAAUUUUAAAUGUAUUCGGAUAAUAAUGAUAAUAACAUGAAUGUAAAAAAAGAACUAUACUUAUUUGCGUAGAAAAUUUAAAAAUUUUCUAUCUUAAAUAUAUUUACUUAAUUUGUAAAAACAAAUAUAUAUAUAUAUAUAAAGUUACUGUAUAAAGAAUUCAGAAAAAUAGCGAAAAGCGGUAAUUUAAAAUAUUGUAAAAUGAAAAUUUUUAAAAAUUUUUUUCACGUAUACGCAUUAAGAUUUUUAUAAUUAUUUAAUUAUAUUAAUAAUUAUUGAUAUAUUUAUCU